UGUUUAUCAUUACCUGACAUCUGUCAAUUUUGUAUCGCUUUUACGCUUUUGACGCUUUGAUUUUGUGAUUUGGUUCACAAAAAUAGCAUUUUACUCGUUUUCCGAACUAUUUAGAGUUCCACUUCCAUACAAAAAUGUUCUCCAGCCCGUAUGACCGUGCGCCUGCCACCAUUAAGCCAGAAUUACAACUAUUUACUGGUAGAAUGGAGUCUUUGCGAGCAUCCAAAAACAGAAGCAUUGAAGGAGAAAGCGGCGAGGAAAAGAAAAUAUACUCUUGCAAGAUCUGCCCCAACGAAUACGAUAGUGAAACUGAGUUGGAGAGCCACAAGGCUAAAGUACAUAGCCGAUAUUUGUAUUUAAGAAGUCGGAUUAAUAAGAACACUUGUAGGGUUUGCAGAAAGGUAAAGAAAACUGAUGAAGACCUCUUCAAGCACAUAAAGACGGUGCAUUUCCUGAGCACGUGCACCACAAAGUAUGUAGAACGGGACAUCUUCAUCUGCGAUCACUGCAGCCGUAUCUUCUUCAACAAACGCAUGUUGAUAAUCCACAUCUCGAGACACAUGAAAGUAAAGACUGAUCCGGAGUGCCCAAAGUGCUUCCGAAUCUUAAAGAGUCAAUACACAUACAUGACACAUCUAGAGUUGCACUACAUAAACAGCGUUGGCACGUGUCCUAUUUGCUUCAAUAAGUUCCAGGAUCGGAACGCGAUGUUGUCACAUGUGUUUGAAGCACACAAAAUGGUGUACAACUGUACUGUAUGCAAUUAUGCAUUUGAGAAGAUGUCGCCUUAUGCGAGACAUAUGGAGAAUGAUCAUAAUCAACCGUCCAAUUUCGCUUCGUAUCUGAGUGUCACGAAGGAGGUGUUGAACAGGUGUUUUGUCACAUCAACGCCGGUGCCAUCAACACCGUUCUUAUAUACACCUUAUACACCUGCUAAAGGACUGAAUAUUGCAGGCUUAAUCCACGUGUGCGUCCUGUGCAGAGCGCUCUGCAAAAACGAGACCGAGCAACGCGAGCACAUCAGCCGCAUGCACCUCCAACCCACACGAGUCUUCACUAAGAAGAUAUACGGGUGCUCUUGCGGAGAAGACUUCUACAACAACGUCUUACUCAAACAUCACAUUUUUACGCUUAAAGGCACACACUGUGUCAGAGAAGUGAUGAGUGAGAGCAAAGGUGAUGAGACAACGGUGGCGGUUAAUGCGAAUGAUGAUAGUGAUGAAGAGAUUGUGCAUCAGAUUAGUGAUUCGUCUCAAGAACUACCAGAAAUGGACAAAGAAGUAGCAGAGAUGGACAAAGAAGUAGCAGAAAUGGACAAAGAAGUAGCAGAAAUGGACAAAGAAGAUGCAGAAAUUGAUAAAGAACUACCAGAGAUGGACAAAGAAGAUGUAGUCAGGGUUAUAGAGAUAUUUGAUGAUGACAAUGAUGAGACACUCAAAGAAGUUGUGAUUGACCCUUACGAAGUGAAUGAAGAUGAGAUGAAUGGAGGAAUAGAAUCAAAGGAUGAUGAAGAUAUGAUUAAACUGAUAGAAUAGCAAAGAGGAUAACUGAACUUAGAUGAUUAGGUAAAUGUUCUAAGCGUCAGUCUUAUAAAGGGUGUUGCAAAAAGGGUAUGAACCUUCUGAGUCACACCCUUUCGGCUUAGAAUACCCUUUUUGCAACACCCUGUACAGGUGUUUAGGGGGUAAUUCUGUGAACAAAUUUUGUUCUACAAGUUUAGGAAAUUCGCAAAAACUACUUUUGCAACAACUGUAUGAAGAACAGUUGAGACGUCACUUGGGGAAGCACCGUUCGUGCCUCCUUGUAAAAUAUAACAUUAAGUUUUUUUUUACAAAAUUUUGUUUAGCUAUAGAACAUGAAAUGAAAUCAUCUUCUUAUACGUAUAUACUCGUUAGUAGCUUAAUGGCAUAGGUCACAGUUGGAUUUUCUCUACCAUGCGAUGAUCAUCUCCCUUCGUUUAAUAGCUUUAUCUAGACAGGUUUCAAGAUAAAUAAAAGACCAUUUUUUUCCUGAAAUAAAAAAUAAAGUAUUACAAAAAACCUACGGCGAAACCUACGUCUGCAGCUGUUAUAUUAUCUAAGCCUAUGCCAAUCAAAACAAGCUUACCCUUUUUGCAGUAGCCUUUAUAAAAUUGCAUUUUUAUUUCAGGAAAAAUGCUUACUGUAAACAUAAUAAAUAGUAAAGUGUAUAUUAUAAAUAUUAUUUAUAAGGUGAAAUAAAAGACAAAAUCAUGAAAUGUACUGUUUUUUAUUAAUUCCUGACAAAUGUGCGUAAAUUACGAGAUAUUCUAAAGAAAAUUGUGUUUGGAAUCGCCCCAAAGUUAUAUGAGAGAUUAUCUUAAAAUUAAAUAGAAUUUUACACAUCCA